AAUUGAGGCUCAUAGAAUGAUAAUUUCAGUGACCAAGGGGGAAGUCUCCAUCAAGUUGGAAGUGUCUCCCGACAUGGCGCCAUUGGUCCAGGUGGUUGUGUACGCUGGCCUUCCCAGUGAGAACGUCAUUGCCCACAAAGCUGAUUUCGACACAGAGAAAUGCUUCGCUACCAAGGUCUCGCUGGAGUUUUCUCCCAGUACAGCCGUCCCAGGCGAAGAGAACAGACUGCAGCUGAGAGCCAACCCAGGCUCCCUGUGUGGCAUCACUGCGGUGGAUCAGAGUGUCCUUAUCAAGGAGCCCGGGAAGAAGCUGACUGCUGACAAGAUUUUUAACUUGUUGCCAGUCCAGAGAGCAAGCAUGUAUCCAUAUGAAGUCAAUGAUCCUGAGGCUUGUUUGAGGGUGAGAUCCAAAAGAUCUAUCCUGCCAUACCCAGUCCAUGAUGACAGCAACGCGUAUUCAGUAUUUGAGGGAGUGGGGCUGAAGAUGUUGACAAAUUUGGUUCUCAAAUCACCUUCCUGUGUCACGUACAAUGGUGUAAACUACUACCAUCAACGCAUGGUAACUUAUAGGUUGAACAGUUACCCAAUGGCAGUUGCGAUGAACAGAAUGGAUGCUCAUGGAGGUUCUCACCCUCAACCUCAAAUCAUAGAGACUGUCCGCACCUUCUUCCCUGAAACAUGGUUGUGGGACAUAGUGGAAGUGGGAAAGUCAGGUCUGGAGGAGGUGCACGUAACCGUCCCGGACACCAUCACCACCUGGGAGACUGAGGCUUUCUGCCUGUCAGAGCAGGGUUUUGGCCUGGCCUCGCCCAAAGAGCUGGUCGUCUUCCAGCCCUUCUUCCUGGAUCUCAGCCUCCCCUACUCCAUCAUCCGAGGGGAGAACCUGGAGCUGAAGGCGACCGUCUUCAACUACCAAAGCAGCUGUAUAAUGGUGAGCAUGAGCCCCUUAAUCUCUUCAGACUACACUCUCACACCACUCGCCGGUGCCCAGCAAGCCUCCUGUCUAUGUGCCAAGGGCCGCAGGACUCACAGUUGGAAACUGACCCCAACAGCCCUUGGGCCUGUGAAUGUGACCAUGAUUGCAGAGGCAGUGAGUUCCCACACCUCGUGUGACAACGAGAUUGUGAACGUACCCGAGAGAGGCCGCAUCGACGUGGUCACGCGUUCUCUCAUCGUGAAGGCUGAGGGAACGGAGCAGACUAAGACACACAACAUCUUGCUCUGUCCAAAAGAUGAGAACCCCUGACCAGCCUUUCGGACU